AUAAUUAUUUUAUUUUGCUUGUAAUUUACAGUAAGGUCUACGAAGCUGAUUCACAAGUGGAGGCUGAAUUAGAUUAAUGAAAACAUAUACAAUUCAAUACUCAUUAUAUUUUAAUCAACCUUCAUGUUUAGACUAGCAUAGAUAAUAAAUCUGAGUACAUUUUUUAUGCUAAAAACAUUUCAGUACAGAGUUCAUCUGGUGAUAGAAGUAAAAAAAACAGUUUAAUAUACAGUAUAAUGUGUGGCCAUGAGAUAAUUUUGAGCAGCUGAAUUAAAUGUCUCAUGUUAGGAAUUACUCUGUGCCUAAAUCCAAGAGACUGAAGUAUGUUACUGUAAUUCAUUCCUAUAUUAAAAUAAAAUGAAAUUAAUUCAAACUUGUCCAUGUCAACAAUCAACUGUCUCUGCAAUAGUUAUCUCGUGGCCACACAUUAUUUUUUAAACUAAUGUCACCAGAUGGGUUUUGUAUAUUAGGAAUAUUGUUUAGUAUCAAUUGUUUUCUUAUCUUCUGGACCCCACAUAGUAAGUUAGAUAAUGUUGUUUAACUCAGAUCACCAUGUGGUGCUGACUGAUUAACCCUCUGUUCAUCUUUACUUCUUUUCAGUCCUCUUACAGACCUGUUGCCAGUUAAUGCUAAAUUCUCCUCCUGAUGGCUAAUAAGAGGAUCCAAUGGAAUUAUUUUGUGACAUAAAAACUGAUUUUUGUUAAAUCCCUCCUAAUUAAACCAUUACUUUCUAAAGGCAUCAAAAUGUCACAGAGCUUUAGUGAAUCUUUCUGUUCGAUCCUUUUUAACAUUUUGAGGUUUUGAUUUAUCUUAUGUCUACAGAACUCUGCACCCAACUGUGAAGUAAGCUAAUACUUAAAGCCCUUAUCUUAUUGGACCCACCAGCUUUCUUUGUUCCCCUUUAUCUUAAAAUGUUUAAACCACCUCAGAAAUUAAAGUAAACAACCUACAACACAAUGAGCAGGUGAUUUAAAAAGUAUGUAUAACACACUUCGUUUGUAUGUUUUGUAUAGUACCAAUGUAUUGGAGUUUUGUUCAGAGAAUAUAAAAGUAACCAAAGACAUGGAAUAUUGUUUGAGAGACUGCACAGGGAUUUCAAAAUAUCAGUCUGUGACAGAAUGUACCUGUUUUCAUGUUAUUGUUGUCUAUUGUGUUUUACCCCAACCUUCACCAAGUUUAGACCAUAAACUACAUGACUCAUCUUAAUGAUUAUUCAUCAGGAUGUGCUUCUCAACUAGCGUCAUGUCAGCCAGGCAGCUCAGCAGAGGAUAAUGGUAUUUAAACAUCCUGUAAGUAUGUGGAUCCUCUCAGUCAGCAACAUUAAUGGGGACAUGAGCAGGACGCCUCAUGUCCUCCACUCUUAGGUGAAGACAGUAUUAGGCAGCAGAGUCAUCAGUCUGCAGUUUGGUCUCCGGACUGUCACCAUGGGGAGUGCCAAGAAGGUGGGGAACUUCAUGAACAGGAGGCAGAGUCUUUUCCCCAACUACAAAGUCACAGACUUAGAUUCAAAUCGAAGACCUUCUGAGACAGUUUACCCACUGGCCAAGGAAAGCUGCGUGAAGACAUGGAACUCCAUGCAGGAGCUGAGCAGAGACAUCUAUGACAUCUACUCUGAGUACGAAGAUGAAGAAGAUGAGGGUGGUGGUCCGUAUGUCUUUUCCAAACAGAUUUCACCUGCCAAGAACUACGUGAUCAAUAUCAAUGUAGGGGGGAAGUCCUACCAGAUAGCUUACAAGAUGGCAGCAAAGUAUCCCAAGACCAGAAUAGGACGACUGGCCACCUAUACAGACCACAACAUGAAGCUGGACCUGUGUGAUGACUACAUCGUGACCAACAACGAGUACUUCUUCGACAGGGACCCGGAGGUCUUUCACAGCAUCUUCAACUUCUACAGGACGGGUGUGCUGUACAUCAGAGACGAGCUGUGUCCUCGAAACUUCCUGGAGGAGAUCAACUACUGGGGCGUGAGGAUCAAGAACACGAACCGCUGCUGCCGCAUCUCCUUCGAGGAGAGGCAGGACGAGCUGAACGAGCAGCUGAAGAUCCAGAGGGAGCUGGAGGCCGAGGUGGAGAUCGAGGAGAAUGAGGAGCUUUUCCACGACAUGUUCAUGGGCCAGGCGCGCCGAGCCAUCUGGAACCUGAUGGAGAAGCCGUUCUCCUCGGUCAAGGCCAAACUGAUGGCCGUGGCCUCCAGUCUGUUCGUCCUGAUCUCCCUGGUGGCCAUGACCCUCAACACAGUGGAGGAGAUGCAGUACAGAACGCACACACGUCAGCUGAGCGGCAAGACGUACUGCGAAUACGUGGAGUCCAUCUGCAUCGCCUUCUUCACCAUGGAGUACAUGCUGCGUCUCAUAUCCACGCCCGACCUCCGGGCCUUCAGCAGGAGCGUGCUCAACACCGUGGACCUGAUCGCCAUCCUGCCUCAGUACCUGCAGGCCAUCCUGGAGUUCUUCGACAACGAGGAAAACUACAUGAAGCACGAGGUGGACAUGCAGGCGGUGGGGCAGGUGGGGAAGGUGGGGCAAGUGUUGAGGAUCAUGAGGCUGAUGCGGAUCUUCCGUAUCUUGAAGCUGGCGCGUCACUCUGUGGGUCUGAGGGCGUUUGGUUUCACCCUGCGUCAGUGCUACCAGCAGGUGGGCUGCCUCUUCCUCUUCAUCGCCAUGGGCAUCUUUACCUUCUCGGCCAUGGUCUUCACCGUGGAGCACGACAUGCCGCACACAAACUUCACCAGCAUACCUCAUGCAUGGUGGUGGGCUGCUGUGAGCAUCUCCACUGUGGGCUAUGGGGACGUGUACCCAGAGACCAUGCUGGGUCGAGUGUUUGCCUUCAUUUGCAUCGCCUUUGGAAUCAUCCUGAACGGGCUGCCUAUCUCCAUCCUCUUCAACAAGUUCUCUGACUAUUACUCCAAACUCAAGUCCAACCAGUACACUGCCUACCGCAAGAAACGAGGGAAGAUCAGGUUUGCAAGAAGGACAGUGCAAAAGCUCCAACACUUGCUUGGAAACCCCCAAUAAAUUCAUUUUCAAAUGAAUAUUUCAUAAGAUUUACUGUGAAACUGUGCAUGCUGGUAUGACAAUAUAUAAGUUAGAUUAAUGAGCUGCUUAUUGGUAAAAACACAAGACAGGGCAGAGAGAAAAACAGCAUGGAAAGGACAGAUGGGGUAGGUUGACUGAUCUUUUAACAUGUUGGAUUUUCUGUAAUUUUUCAGUGAAAUAUAAAAAGCAUCUAUGCCAUAAAGUUAAUCAAAGUAAUCAUUACAUAAAGUCUAACAAAGUCAAAUUAUGAACACAACCAGCCUGUAUUACAGUGUAACAGAACACUAAAAUGAUGCACAAGACUUGUACAAAGUUGCACUUUUAUAUUUAUGUUAAUUCUUUUAAACAAAUGAUAGAAUCCUGGAUUAAAAUGUUUCUCACCA